AUGCAGCCCUCCAGACCAAAGAUCCCCCAACGGCGACCUUUCCCCCCCACUCCUUCGAAUCAACAACAAACACGCACACUGUCUACCCCUCUUGAAGUGCAAGGCCAAGUCCAACAACAAGUCCAACAACAACCCACGUAUAAUACACCCCCUCUUCAACGACCUCGAGUCCUAUUCCCGCGCUCGCAAAUCGAAGCCAUGCCUCCUUUUGCAGCACCAGCAGGACCCGCACCUAGGAAUGCUUUGUUGGCGGUGGCGCGUGACCAGCAGAUCAUGAUGCUGCUGGAUGCCGCGACGCGGCACCCGGUGUUCUUCACGGAGCGGUUGAAGAAGGCGCCGCGUGGGGUGGAUGCCGGGAGUGGGAAGUUAUGUAGUCCCGUUGCGGAGGGGUAUGUUUAUGAGGAUGGGGUUGGGAGGGGGGGUAGAGGAGAGGGAGGUGUGAAGCUGUGA